UUUAUGACAAUCAAAGAUUUGAGUUAAGUAAAUCAAAAGAACAUGACUACUAAUGGGAAUAUUAAUUUGAAUCCUAAUACUGAAUACAAAGUUAAGGUUACCUUUGAAAACGUAAGAUCAGAAUAAUAAGAACUUGAGACAUCAAUAAUCAAUUAAUAAUAAUUUAUAAUAAUAGGAUAAGCUACGUGGAACUUAGACUAGACUGAUGUUGGAAUAAAUGCCAUCGAAUAGAAUGAUCACUCCAGGGUAUAGACUAUCACUCAAACAAAAGGAGAUGUUUGUGAUUAAAUAGAUUCACAUCUUGUAGAACUGAUUAGACAACUAAAUGCUUUAGGAAUUGCCAAUACAUACAAUAAUCCAAAAUUUGAUGAUUUAUAGGUCAUUUAACAAAAUACAAUGAAGUAAAUUUAGAAGUAUAGGAAUGUGCAAUUAAAUUAAAUGAAAUCAGGAUUAAGAAAUAGGAAAAGCAACAUUUUUGAAAGUAAGGAAUUAAUACAUACAUAGAUAUUACAAAAAAAUGGGAAGCCUUAAGAUUAGAAGGCUGAAAAAUUCAUAUCUUCCGAUGAUGUAGAUAAAUUGAGAAGAGAUAAUGAUACAAAGAUUAUUACAUUUAAGAAAUUGAAACUAUAAAAGGCAGUUUAUAAAUUUUUCCAUAACAAUUUAUAUAAAGAUGUAAAUGCCUUUAUUCCAAUAAAAAUAACUUAACAUUAACCUAAAUAUUUAGUGUGA